CCAGUUCAGAAAAGCACCCAUUGAUUAUAACAUUGUUAUUCCUCGUAAAUAGUAAAUUCCGGCAACUUAUUUAUUAUUAUGUAAUGCAAUGGUUACUUUUCUGAAAUGAGGUAGAAUCGGUGGCGUAGGUGGCCGAAAUGAGCGACCUCUGGAGGGCGCAUGCCUUCGAAAUGAAACAGAAAUUGUUACUCAUCUCCACAAAAGUUGGAAUAGCCUACUACAGUAGCGUGGUAUUCCCCAUAGUUUCACCCAGUCGAAACCAUUACUUGAAACACUAAGUAACAACAACAAAAGGCUAUUGCCUAUAUUUUACUGAUGGCUUGCGAAGUCUCGCAGGAUGACCAGAUUGGAGAAGCACUCUUAAUCAGGCUGGUAAGAGAUGAGGUGAUGAACGUAGCAGAUGAGGAUGCAGCCCCACCAGCCCUUCCCGAAGUUCGUCCAAUAAACAACAGCCAAGACCAGAAGCUUGUUGAACAGCUGGCAGAGACCAUCAAAGUGAUUGGUGAUAGACUCAAUAAGGAUAAAGCAUUCAAUGACAUGAUUGAUGGCUUAGUAAAAGUGGCUGAUAAGAGAAGUUUCUGGGAACUUGUGAAAAAAGUUUUCACAAAUGGCCAGAUCAACUGGGGGAGAAUUAUAGUGCUGUUCUAUUCAGUUGGAAAACUGUCUGCAAAGAUGGUCCUUGCACACUUACCCAAAAUUGUUUCAGACAUUUUGACCUUAUGUCUGGAUUACUUCAGGAAAAAUCUGAUG